GGGUCUUGGCGCCCCGAGGAGCACCAGGAAGGGCGGGGUCCAGUCACGUGGGCCGGAGGCCAGGGUGGCCGGGGUGGUCUGUGUGGGGCCCGUCAGACCGGUCCGGACACGAGUUCAGGCAGCCGGGCCCCGAUUUGGGGAGAACUGGGCGCUGCGGGGCACCCGGCACGCCGGAGGCCGGCGACAGAGGCCCACUGCGCAGGCGCCGGAAGCCCCGCCCGCCGCCCUGCGUGAGCCUUUGGCGCAUGCGCCAAGUGGGCAGGGACCGGCCGUGAAAAUUUUAUUCCCCAGAAGCCUUCGCGCUCUAGGGUUUCCCGAAAGACCCGGUUCGGAUGUAACCAAUCCUCGGCUUGGGCCUCCCUGGCUCUGAACUGAGGGGCCGAAAAGGCCCAGCUUCGGGGGCGGGGCCUCCUCCCUUAUGGGGCGGGGUCUCAUCCCUUACGGGGCGGGGUCUCGAUGAGUGGGCGGGGCUUGCGGCCUGGUGCGUCCUCGGGCGCGCGCCGGGUGGGUAGGUGAGCAGGGCCUGCGGCGGAGCUGGGCUCCAGCCCUCCCCGGGCCCAGGCUGCCUCAGUUGCCCCACCAUCAUGCCAGGCCCCGUAAGGGCCCCUCGAGCAGCCCCCGGUCACCCGCACACCGCUCCCUACUGCUCUCUGAGUGACACUAGCCCGAGGCCCCACGGAGGGGCCAAGCCAGACCCUAAGGGCAGGGCCGCUCCUCCAGCCUGGUUUGCCCACGUGGGCUCCGGCACAAGGGGCAGCGUGCCCUCUGGCUCAGCACUCUGCAGGUCCUGUGGCUCUGCCUAGAGCGGGAGCGGUCCGGCCAGUCCAGCGGAGAGCGGGGCUGAAGGAAGCCAGGCUGUGCAGGGCCUGGUGCUGGGUCCGGAGCGGGUCACAGCGAGCAGCAGAGGCCCUCGAAGGCCUGGUCCACUGCCCGGCGGUGACCGGCAAGCCCUGGGUCCUUCCCUCGCCCGCAGGCUCUGCAGGCAGAAGGCGGACCCAGGCGGGCAGAGCAGCCGGGGCUGAGGAAGCGGAGAGGCCCGGCCUGCGCGCUGGUGGGCGAGGCUGCCCGCUGAGUGCCCGGGCCACCCUUCCUCGGGCAGGUGCGGUCCUCAGGGCCGCCUCCGCCCCGCGCGGGGCUGCCAGCCUGUCUUUCGCACACUCCCACCCGGCCCGGCCGUCCGCUGCCUCAGCCUUCUGCCCCGCUCGUGCCCCUUAGGUUCCCAGCGCCCUCUCUGAGCAGCCGCACCGGGCACGGGCGGGGCUGGAGGCCUCGAGGCCUUUCCUGGGGUCGGGGUCGGGGGGCGCCGGUGUGCCCUGGAACCAGCUCCCCUGAGACCCUCCGUGCGGGUCCCCUCCCUCCCGCUCCAGCGUCCGGAGGCCUCCUAGUGUGAGGAAGAGAACGGCCGAUUCCCCCACAAUUUGGGGAGGCUUGACCAGGACCCAGGGUCAGCCUAGGCAGGAGGGGAGCGGAGAACUGGGGGCGACGCGGGGGUCCUGCCCCCUACGCAGCCCGCGGGCGAGGGCGACUCCAGGAACGGACUGAGGGGCGGCCGGGAGGCUGGCCCCGCCCCGCGGACCCCGCGCGGGUCCCCAGACGGGGGGUGGCGCUGCGGGCGCGGGCGGGCGCCGCGCGCACUGCGGUCCCCGCGCCUCCGCCGCAGAGCGCGCCACGCUCCGCACGCACCUGCCGCCGCCGCCGCGCCGAGCCCCGCGCCCCGCGCCCCGCGCCCGCGCCCCUGGGUGCCGCCCGGGCCUGACCAUCGCCCGAGGUCGCCGCAGCUUCGCCGGAGCCGCCGGAGCCCCCCGAGCUGCCGGGCCGAGGCGCAGGCGCCGCGUCCGGGCCUGCCUUUGAGACAACCUCUGCGGCGGCGGCGCGCGGCCGGGACGCCAGGCUGGGGCAGCUCAGGCCUGGUCCAGGCCUUGCCUCUGCUUCUGCCGCGGAGCCUGCUGCCCGGGUCCUUCUGCAGCCAACGCUCCGGCUAGCUGCCUUCCCUGGGCGCCCUGUCCUGGAGCCAUGGGGCCCACCCAGCCCCUGCCUGCCCCGAUGUCCCAGCCCGCGGCCUGCUGACCUCGGCUGCCGGGGGAGCCCCCCCCACGCCCCCUCGCCAGCCUCAGCAGCCAGAGACCCUGGGUGAGACCCUGGGCCCGACGCCCAGCCCAGGGCAGCCUCCCACGCCCCCCUGCCCCCGCCUGCCUCCCCCUCCCCCACCCCUUCCUCCUCCUCCCAGGACUGGACCAGGGAAGCCACUGUGGCCAGUGGGGGGGCCCCUGCGCCCCCAACUCUCGCCGGCUGCCCCUAGGAGUCCACGGGCCAGCCGGGGCCCCCCCCAGGUCUGGUGGGACCAGGAUGCUGCCCCAUCACCUCCCCCUCAGCCCCACACCACGCCGCCACCCACCCGAACACCCAGUCUGACUGGAGACAGCCGGAUGCCCUCUGAGCCUGGGCCCGAGGCGGGCAGUGGCUGGCCGGGCCUCCUCAUGUCCUGCCUGAAGGGUCCCCAUGUCAUCCUCAAGAUGGAGGCCAUGAAGAUCGUGCAUCCCGAAAAGUUUCCUGAGCUGCCGGCUGCCCCUUGCUUCCCGCCUGCUCCCCGGCCCACCCCCACUCUGGCACCCAAGCGUGCCUGGCCCUCAGACACAGAGAUCAUUGUCAACCAGGCGUGUGGGGGGGACAUGCCUGCCUUGGAAGGGGCGCCCCACACCCCGCCGCUGCCACGGCGGCCACGUAAGGGCAGCGCGGAGCUGGGCUUUCCCCGCGUGGCCCCCGAGGACGAGGUCAUUGUCAAUCAGUACGUGAUUCGGCCUGGCCCCUCGGCCUCGGCAGCUUCUUCGGCAGCAGUAGGUGAGCCCCUGGAGUGCCCCACCUGCGGGCACACGUACAAUGUCACCCAGCGGCGGCCCCGCGUGCUGUCCUGCCUGCACUCCGUGUGUGAGCAGUGCCUGCAGAUUCUCUAUGAGUCGUGCCCCAAAUACAAGUUCAUCUCCUGCCCCACCUGCCACCGAGAGACUGUGCUCUUCACCGACUACGGCCUGGCCGCGCUGGCUGUCAACACGUCCAUCCUGAGCCGCCUGCCGCCUGAGGCGCUGACAGCCCCGUCUGGGGGUCAGUGGGGGGCCGAGCCUGAGGGCAGUUGCUACCAGACCUUCCGGCAGUACUGUGGGGCCGCCUGCACCUGCCACGUGCGGAACCCACUGUCCGCCUGCUCCAUCAUGUAGUAGCGCCUGCCUGCCCGCCACUGCCCGCUGAGCCUCGAUCGACGCUUCUUCAGGGACCCGGCCCUGUCCUGCCGCCCGCUGACCCUUCCUUCCCCACCAUGGCUUCCGGCCCCACCCCAAGUGGCACUGUCAUUGCAGCCAACUUUGCCAUUAAAACUCUUUGCCAAAGUUUGCACCUGU